GAUCUCAACGCCAUCCGAUCUGUCCCCAGGAGUAGUCGGCUGCCCUGCUUCCUGCCUGUGGGGACCCUGUGGAGAGUUCUCAGAACAUCUGGGCUGCAGCUCCAAGGACGCGCUGGCCUGCAUUCCGACUUCUGGUGGUCCACCUCGCUGUGUGCCCAGGCGUGGAGAAACCAUGAACAGCUCCCGCAGUGAGAUGUUUGACUGCUACUUCCUCGAUGAAGGCUUCACAGCCAAGGACAUCUUGGACCAGAAGAUCAACGAGGUCUCCUCCUCCGAUGACAAGGAUGCCUUCUAUGUCGCAGACCUGGGGGACAUUAUGAGGAAGCAUCUGCGCUGGCUGAAAGCUCUCCCUCGAGUCACCCCUUUCUAUGCAGUCAAGUGCAAUGACAGCAGAGCCAUCGUGAAAACCCUCGCCGCCAUCGGAACAGGAUUUGACUGCGCAAGCAAGACAGAGAUCCAGCUGGUGCAGAGUCUCGGGGUACCGCCAGAGAGGGUCAUCUACGCCAACCCCUGCAAGCAGGUGUCACAGAUCAAGUAUGCGGCCAGCAGCGGGGUCCAGAUGAUGACCUUCGACAGCGAGGUUGAGCUGCUGAAAGUGGCCCGGGCGCAUCCGAAGGCCAAGCUCGUCUUACGGAUCGCCACUGAUGACUCCAAAGCUGUCUGUCGCCUCAGUGUGAAAUUUGGUGCCACACUCAAAACCAGCAGACUCCUUUUGGAACGGGCGAAAGAGCUGAAUAUCAAUGUCAUCGGUGUCAGCUUCCAUGUGGGGAGCGGCUGCACUGACGCCGAGACCUUCGUGCAGGCCGUGUCGGACGCGCGCUGUGUCUUCGACAUGGGGGCUGAGAUCGGGUUCAGCAUGCAUCUGCUGGACAUCGGCGGGGGCUUUCCUGGGGCCGAGGAUGUGAAGCUCAAAUUUGAAGAGAUCACCAGCGUGAUCAACCCCGCUCUGGACAGAUACUUCCCGCCGGACUCCGGGGUGCGCAUCAUUGCCGAGCCGGGCAGGUACUAUGUGGCGUCGGCCUUCACCCUCGCGGUGAACAUCAUCGCCAAGAAGCUGGUGUGCAGGGAGCAGGCCGGCUCUGAUGACGAGGAGGAGGCCAGCGAGCAGACCUUCAUGUACUACGUGAACGAUGGGGUCUACGGCUCGUUCAACUGCAUCCUAUAUGACCACGCGCACGUGAAGCCGCUGCUGCAGAAGAGACCCAAGCCCGACGAGAAGUACUACUCGUCCAGCAUCUGGGGGCCCACAUGCGACGGCCUGGACCGCAUCGUGGAGCGCUGCGACCUGCCAGAGGUGCACGUGGGCGACUGGAUGCUCUUUGAGAACAUGGGCGCCUACACCGUCGCCGCAGCCUCCACUUUCAAUGGCUUCCAGAGGCCGACCGUCUACUACGUGAUGUCCAGACCAGCGUGGCAGCUCAUGCAGCGGGUCCAGAACCACGGCUUCCUGCCCGGCGUGGAGGAGCAGGAUGUCGGCGCCCUGCCCGUGCCUUGCGCCUGCGAGAGCGAGAUGAAGCGGCACCCGGCAGCGUGCACCUCUGCCAGCAUCAACGUGUAGACGCUGCCCGCCUGCUGCAGGUGUGGGCACAGGGUCGCCUGGCUGGGGCUGGAACUGUUAACUUAGCUAUUGCUAGUUCCGGAUGUCUUGGAAGAGUAGGGUCAGCACGGGCACAGCCACAGUCAGUCACAGACUACAAGGGUCACGCGUAUCUGUGUUCCUAUGGAAACUAUUUGAGUAUUUGUUUUUAUAUGGAUUUUUAUUCGCUUCCACACAAGCCACUAAAGAAGACCCGCAACUGCCAGGCAAGCGUUUGUAGCUUGUGCAGCGGCAGUGUGGGCUGAAAGUUGAGUGUUGUGACCUGUUUUGGAAAUAAAGCAUCUUGAGAGUUUUAGAAUUGGGAGAUUUUGCAGGCGGCCCGCCCGGCCCUGCGGCAUCUGCUGGGAGCCUUGCUGGCCCGGCCUGUGUACCUGGGGGAUGCAGAGUGGACCCCAGCAGCGCCCAGGAGGAGGAUGGCGGCUGUGGGGGGACCCUCUGAGCACCUAGUCUGCAGUGCUGUGGCUGCGCCUGUCCCGCAAGAGUCACAUGGGCGUCCUUGGCCGCACGCUGUCUGGGUUCAAGGUGUGUAGCCGUCCCCUGACUGUAAUAAACUCGGUGUCAGCAGUG